AGUCCAAUCCAAUUACAUUUAUCCAAUAUAUACAGCUAGGCAAUUUCUGACCAUGUUGUAAUGUUCACGCACCAUAUUCUAUUUUCUCAUCAUCCAAACACCAUUUUUACGUGAAAAUAAAAAUAUCGCCCCCCAGCUCAAACCCCAACAAAAAAAGACAAAAAAAACAAAAAAAAAAGAGAGAAAAGAAAAUUCGUAUGGUGGUAGCAUGUUGCUUCAUGUGCCACUUGUCCGCCAUCGUCGAAAUGAAUCGGUAUCCAGUUGCCACCGGAAUUUCAUCGUCGCCGUCGCCGUCACCUUACCAUCUGUGUCCUUAUAAGGCAACUAGUCAGUUGGCAUGGAGCAGCAACCAAUUCGGAUUCGGGUUCCGGUCCGAGUUUCAGAGGAACGAGCGGUUCAAGAAGCGCCUUAAGUUCGUCGUCAGUGCUGAGUUCUCAAGGUCAUUAGCUCCCAGUUUCGGCUUAGAUUCUCAGACUGUCCAGCCUCAUGAUCCAUCACAAUUGCCUUGGGUGGGUCCAGUUCCAGGAGAUAUAGCAGAAGUCGAGGCAUAUUGUAGAAUAUUUCGAAAUGCGGAAUGGCUUCAUACUGCCCUAAUGGACACAUUGUGCAAUCCUAUGACUGGUGAAUGUAAUGUUUCGUAUGAUUCACCAUCAGAUGGAAAACCAUUGUCGGAGGAUAAAAUAGUCUCGGUGCUUGGCUGUAUGGUCUCCCUCCUGAACAAAGGGAGAGAGGAUGUUCUUUCUGGAAGAUCUUCCAUUAUGAAUUCCUUUAACAUUGCAGAUGUAAGUGGAAUGGAGGAUGAGCUUCCUCCACUUGCCAUUUUCAGGUGUGAGAUGAAAAGGUGUUGUGAGAGCUUGCAUGUUGCUUUAGAGAACUAUUUGAUGCCUGGUGAUGAGCGGAGCUUACAUGUUUGGAGGAAACUUCAGAGACUUAAGAAUGUCUGCUAUGACUCUGGCUUUCCUCGUGGAGAGGAUUAUCCCAGCCAGAUGCUGUUUGCAAAUUGGAGUCCUGUUUACUUGUCCACUUCUAAAGAAGACAUAGGGUCCAAUGAUUCUGAGGUUGCUUUCUGGAAGGGUGGCCAAGUAACUGAAGAAGGUCUGAACUGGUUAGUGAUGAAAGGGUAUAAAACCAUAGUUGAUUUAAGAGCAGAGAAUGUAAAAGAUAACUUUUAUGAAGCAGCCACAAAUGAUGCUAUUGCUUCUGGGAAAAUUGAAUUGGUCAAAAUUCCAGUUGAAGUUGGGACUGCACCUUCAAUGGAGCAGGUCGAGAAGUUUGCAUCUUUAGUUUCAGAUUGUAGUAAGAGGCCUAUCUAUCUCCAUAGUAAGGAAGGAAUUUGGAGAACUUCUGCUAUGGUCUCAAGAUGGAAACAGUACAUGACUCGCUGUGCUUUACAGUCUGUCUCCAGUCAAUCAAUCACUCCCAAUGAUGUGUUACCAAAACAUACAAAUGGAACAGGAGAAGGGCAGAAAUCUUCGAUUACCAAGAAUGGGUCCCUCCUUAAAAAAAAAGUUGAGUCAUUUCAAGAGAGUUCAUACAUGAUCAAUGGUUUAAAUGGAGUAAACCAUGAAAAUGGCUCUCCAAACAGGGAGAAGAUGAAUCAAAACUCAAAUGGUGUCAACAAUGACCUUUUCUCUGUCCAAAGUUCGAUCUCACAGGAAACUGAUAAUGAUGGAGAAGGAUCAAUAGCCAACUUCUCUGAGGGAAUUGACCCGUUAAUGUCUCAGGUUCCUCCUUGCAAUAUUUUCUCCAGAAAAGAAAUGUCCAGGUUCCUUAUGAGUAGGAAGGUCUCACCUCCCAGUUAUUUUAGUUACCAGUUGAAAAUGCUGGAGAAGUUGCCUAUUUCAAGAACGAUGCGGAUUGGGACAAUGCGAAGACGUAAAGUUCCGAGUACAGAUCCAGUGCCUGAAACUGUGGAGGCAGGGAGUCCUGAAAGGUCACCUGACAGAAAUAACGUUACUGUACAGCUCCAGCACUCUGCUGAUGUCAGUGUAAAAUAUUCGUCCUGUGAUAAUUGUGUUUCUACUGGUUCAGUUGUGAAUGGAUUUGGCAAUGGGAAUGGUUCCAUAGUGGGGGCCAAGAUAUCUAGCAUUGGAAAUAAUAACCAUAGUGAGCAUGCUGUAUCUAAAUCAGUGGAGGGUCAGAAAAGCAAUGGUGGAGUGGCUUCAGUUUCAGUUGAUGAUGAAGUGUGUCCAAUUGAAGGAGAUAUGUGUGCUUCCACAACUGGUGUUGUGAGGGUUCAAUCAAGAAAGAAAGCAGAAAUGUUCCUGGUUCGAACAGAUGGAUUCACAUGUUCCAGAGAAAAAGUAACAGAAUCCUCCUUAGCCUUCACCCAUCCGAGCACCCAGCAACAGAUGCUUAUGUGGAAAACUGUGCCAAAGACUGUACUACUGUUGAAGAAGCUUGGGCAAGAACUGAUGGAAGAAGCUAAAGAGGUUGCCUCAUUCUUGUACUACCAAGAGAAUAUGCAUGUUCUGGUGGAACCUGAUGUGCAUGACAUAUUUGCAAGAAUCCCAGGAUUUGGAUUUGUUCAGACAUUUUAUAGUCAAGAUACCAGCGAUCUACAUGAGAGGGUAGAUUUUGUUGCAUGCUUGGGGGGAGAUGGGGUUAUUCUUCAUGCAUCAAACAUAUUCAGAGAUGCAGUUCCUCCGGUUGUAUCUUUCAAUCUUGGAUCCCUUGGAUUUCUGACUUCCCAUAGUUUUGAUGACUAUAAGCAGGACUUAAGACAGGUCAUCCAUGGGAAUAACACACGGGAUGGUGUCUAUAUAACUCUCAGAAUGCGCCUCCGAUGUGAAAUUUUUCGAAAUGGUAAAGCAGUGCCUGGCAAAGUAUUUGAUGUCUUAAAUGAAGUUGUUGUCGAUCGGGGUUCUAACCCCUACCUUUCUAAGAUUGAAUGUUAUGAACAUGACCGGCUUAUAACCAAGGUGCAAGGUGAUGGAGUCAUUGUAGCCACACCUACAGGAAGUACUGCAUACUCUACUGCUGCAGGAGGUUCCAUGGUGCAUCCAAAUGUUCCUUGCAUGUUGUUUACACCGAUCUGCCCGCACUCCCUCUCUUUUAGACCAGUGAUACUUCCCGAUUCUGCACGGCUUGAAUUAAAGAUUCCGGAUGAUGCUCGGAGCAAUGCAUGGGUUUCUUUUGAUGGGAAGAGACGACAGCAACUUUCGAGAGGAGAUUCUGUUCGGAUAUCAAUGAGCCAGCACCCACUUCCAACUGUUAACAAGUGUGACCAAACUGGGGAUUGGUUUCAUAGCUUGAUUCGCUGCCUAAAUUGGAAUGAGAGGCAAGAUCAAAAGGCAUUUUGAAUCCUCCAAAACUGAAGGAAAUCGUACUAGUUUUCCACCCUGGUUUAAGGUUCCUGUAAAUUUAAUGUACAUAUUGUAAAUCUAGAAAAUUACAGAAAAGAGAAACCUUUACAGAGAGUAGAUAUGAUCCAUUUUUCGCUUAGCUCCCACGAGAGGGUGGAACUGGCAAAUUUUUUUUUUUUUUUAAUAGCCAAAUGUAUAAUUAUACUAUCAUUAUACGGCAAUAAAAAUGAACUUUUUAUCC